UCGUACUCUCAUCCAGCCUGACGGACGGACUCUAAAUCCCAGCUCCAGCAGACGCUCUGAACGACGCCGCAGGUUGCUGUCCAGGAUGGCGGGGAUGAAGGAGCAGCAGUUUACGGAGGAGAAGCCCCUGCUGCUGGAGCAGAGAGCAGCCGACUCAGACAUGCAGGAUAAAGGAGAGGAGGCAUCAGGGGCCAGCCCCGCGCCCCUUAACAACCCCCCUCCCCCCAGCCGCCCCACUCACCGCUGGCAUGUCAUCGCACGGCACUGGCUCCGCCAGACCCGCCGUCGGACCAGCGGGGUCCUCCCGGAGAGCUGUGAGCAGCUGAUGCCGGUGGGGGACUGGAAGGAACACGAUGUGGAAACCCCCUACGGGAUGCUGCACGUCAUCAUCCGAGGGGCCCCCAAAGGCAACAAGCCGGCCAUCCUCACCUACCACGACGUGGGCCUGAACCACAAGCUGUGCUUCAACAGCUUCUUCAACAACGAGGACAUGCAGGAGAUCACCAAGCACUUCGUUGUGUGCCAUGUGGACGCCCCGGGGCAGCAGGUCGGAGCGCCGCAGAUGCCCCAGGGGUACCAGUACCCCACCAUGGACCAGCUGGCCGGGAUGUUGCCCACCGUGGUGCAGCACUUCGGAUUCAAGAGCAUUGUUGGGAUCGGAGUUGGAGCUGGAGCUUACAUCCUGGCCAAGUUUGCUCUCAUCUUCCCUGACCUGGUGGAAGGUCUAGUUCUGCUCAACAUCGACCCCAAUGGGAAAGGAUGGAUCGACUGGGCUGCCACCAAGCUGUCAGGUCUGACCAGCGCUCUGCCCGACACUGUGCUGCCUCACCUGUUCAGCCAGGAGGAGCUGAUGAACAACACAGAGCUGGUGCAGAGCUACAGGCAACAGAUCAACAACACCAUCAACCAGUUCAACCUGCAGCUCUUCUGGAACAUGUACAACAGUCGGAGGGAUCUGGAGAUGAACCGCAGUGGGACGGUGCUCAACGCCAAGACCCUCAAGUGUCCCGUCAUGCUGGUGGUUGGAGACAACGCUCCUGCUGAGGAGGGAGUGGUGGAGUGUAACUCCAAACUGGACCCGACCAACACCACCUUCCUGAAGAUGGCCGACUCAGGUGGACUCCCCCAGCUCACACAGCCAGGGAAGCUGACUGAGGCCUUCAAGUACUUCCUGCAGGGGAUGGGCUACAUGCCCUCGGCCAGUAUGACCCGCCUGGCACGCUCCAGGACGGCCUCGCUGACCAGCGCCAGCUCCAUGGAUGGCUCGCGCUCCCGGGCCUGCACCCACUCCGACAGCACCGAGGGAGUUGGCGCCGUCACCCACACCAUGGAGGUGUCCUGCUGAGGGGAGGUGGGGAGGCCAGAGGAGGAGGGCGGAGGAGGGCAGGAGGUCUGAACCUCCCUCUGUUAUCUUCCCUCUCCUCCUCCACUGUAACAUACCGUACGUAUUGCUACUGAAACACCUUUGAGACAUCCACCUCCACCCAGCACUUGAAGAUUUAGCCAACUGUUUUUGUUCUUGGAGUGUCAUUCUUGUGUUUGCUAAGUGUCCCCUCAUUCUUUGCCUGCACCCUU